UUUUACAGCGGAUGUAACAAAAGAAAAAGUUAAAAGCCAUCAAGCCUAUACAAGUUCUGGGAAUGAUGAAUCUGAUGUAUGAAAACACUACCUCAUAUCAUGGGUGAUUUGGACCGAAGUUUGACAUCUAUGGAUUGGUUGCCAAGAAUAAAUGUUCGAGGGUCUAUCAAUGGAGUUGAAACACCUGAUGGAAACCCUGUAUCCUGCGAAAGUGGAAGAGCUUGUCGCCAAAAAGAUGGAAAACCACCUUAUAGCUAUGCAACUUUAAUUUCUUAUGCGAUAAAUAGUUCUCCGUCGAAGAAAAUGACAUUAAAUGAAAUUUAUAAUUGGAUUUGUUCUAAUUUUCCAUACUAUAGAGAAGCAGGAGAUGGUUGGAAAAAUUCAAUAAGGCACAAUUUAUCACUGAACAAGUAUUUUCGCAAAGUUCCUCGUCCAAAAGAUGAUCCUGGAAAGGGUUCAUACUGGGCAAUAGAUCAUGCACCAUCAGAUGCCGAUGAUUGCCGUAGAAGAAAGUGUAGACAACGAGAAAAGGUAUUUCCGUAUAGUCCAGAUAGCAGCUCAAACACCAGUUUACCAAGUCCAGUUCAUUGCCAUCAAAUGGCGCCAGUUUGUUCCCAACCUAGUCAUCAAAUGACAGUUCACCUUAAUGCAGAAAGAACAAGUAUGUCCAAUUCUCACCCAGCAUUUCAUGACAUGGGUCAUUGUUCUGCACAUAUGAUGCCUUCAGAUACAGUGAGCAGUUGUUGUAAUCAAAAUCACAGUCAGCAGUUCAAUGGAAAUGCCUCUCAUCAACAAGUUCCCGAUAGGUUGACUGCUGCUAGCUUCAUGCAAAAUCUGGAUUGGCUAAGAGAAAAUGCGAAAAAUUCUUGCAAUGGCAGUUUACAUAAUGUUGAUGGAUCCCAGUAUCAAGCACAUGACAAAAUAUCGGCAGUUGAUUUCAUGCAAAGCUUGGACUGGUUGAGAGAAAGUGCUAAGAUGUCUGGGAAUGGCUGCUUACAAGACAUUGAUAUGUCUCACUUUCAAGUGAUGAUGGACAGUAUAAAGGCGCGAGAUCCUGCAAUGGCUUUACUUUCUGAGGAACAGCUGGCUGAUUUAAAUUCAUCUUUGAAUGCUUUAUUCUCACAUUCUGGUGUCAUGCAAUCAGUUCCUCCUUCUUCUACUUCUGGUAUGCCGCAAUCUUGUUAUAACAGUCCUUGUUCAGAUACCUAUUCUAGAGAUUCUUGCAUGCUCUCUUCUGUAAGGAGCUCGAACAAGUCACCUCAUGCAUUUUCAACUGAAAGUAGCAAUUUAUCUUAUCAUUCACAUUCUGAGACAAGUCCAGUACCAUUGCCUUCUCAUGUUUCUCUCAACUCUUCUGCAGUAAACACUCCUGCUUCUUGUGGUGGAGAUGAUAAUGAUGAAAUAGAAGAUGACUUUAAUUGGGAUAAAAUUUUGUAA